AAGCAAGCAACUUCAGAACAGCAACUUAAGAGGGUUUGGUUCUUUGAAAAUCUCACUGUUUUUGUUUAUUCCCAUAAACAUAGAGAGCUUGUGAGUGAAAAAAAAUGGGUACUACUAACAAAAACAAGACAAUCCAGAAGAAGAAUGGGUCUUUUCGAUCCAUUUUCAUGCACGCGGAUCGUAUAGACUUCUUGUUGAUGGCUCUUGGCUUCUUUGGAGCCAUAUGUGAUGGGAUUUCCAUGCCGCUUAUGUUGAUUGUAACCAGUAAACUCAUGAACAAUCUUGGUGACUCAACCACUUCAAUCUCCGCAAAUUUCACUCAAAACAUCAACAAGAAUGCAUUGGUUAUGUGUUACCUGGCUUGUGGGCAAUGGGUCGGUUGUUUCCUAGAGGGGUACUGUUGGACAAGAACAGCACAGAGACAAGCGUCAAGACUCAGGGCCAGAUAUCUGAAAGCUGUGUUAAGGCAAGAUGUGGGCUACUUUGAUUUGCACGUGACAAGCACGGCCGAGAUCAUCGCAAGUGUCUCUUCUGAUAGUCUUGUAAUUCAAGAUGUCAUUAGCGAAAAGGUUCCAGUUUUCGUGAUGAACGUAGCUACAUUUGCUGGGGCCUAUGUAGUGGCAUUCAUAAUGCUGUGGAGACUAGCCAUUGUGGGCGUUCCAUUUGUAGUGCUUUUAAUUAUACCAGGUUUAAUCUACGGAAGGACACUUAUGAGCAUAGCCAGAAAGAUGAGAGAUGAGUACAGUAAGGCGGGUACAAUAGCAGAACAAGCACUAUCUUCUGUCAGAACUGUUUAUUCUUUUGUUGGAGAGAAUAAAACUGUUGCUGAGUACUCUGAUUCUCUUCAAGGGACUGUGAAUUUGGGUUUGAGGCAAGGCUUAGCAAAGGGUUUGGCCAUUGGUAGCAAUGGAAUUGUCUAUGCGAUUUGGGCUUUCAUGUCUUAUUAUGGUAGCAGAAUGGUCAUGUAUCAUGGGGCUCAUGGAGGCACAGUGUUUGCGGUUGGGGCAGCCAUUACCAUCGGCGGAUUGUAA